AUGGUACGGAUUGGAGGACAGUUGCACGGGACGUCGUAUCGAGAACACCGGACCAAUGCUCAAGUCAUUGGAGUCAAGUCCUUACUUAGUUAUGGCACCAAUUGGGCCAUGAUUGCCACGUCUCAUGCCCCUCGAAGAACUACGCUCUCGCUCAAGAAUCGUUACAAUACCCUUCGCCUACGACACGAGAACAUCAACAGAACCAAUGCGCAGGACAAAAUCCCUCUCGCCACUAUAACGCAGCCGAACAAAAGACAUGUGCAGCAGCCAUUAGAAGUUCAGGCGCAAAUGGUAAACAACACUUGGAAUGAUAACGCAGCUCCUUCACGGGGCUGUGGAGAGGCUGCAAGCGAAAGGAAUGAGCUCAGUGGCGAAAACGAUAGCAGCGAAGAUGAACAACGUGAUGUUGGUCUUCCAGCGUUCGGAAACCCUGAUCAUUCGAAGAGUUCGAGCCGGUCAGCCACUGGUUCGCUGCUGCCUCCGACUCCGGGAAGUUGGUUGGGAAUGCUUGACCAGGAUGGACCAUUCAGCGCCCUGUUCCCGAGUGAUGAGAUAUACUCGAUGAUUCCAAUCCUUGAUGAAGAUAAAGCAAUCCAGCCCUUUGAGCAACCGUUCAUUCCAUCAGACUCGCCUGUCUGCCUAGCCACUGGAUCGCCUUCACUCGGCGAUCAAACCGGUGGAGCGAGGACCUGUGGCUUGAACGAGACUCGUGGCAAAUCUUGCUUCCAGCCCAAUUCCCCUAGUAUUUCCAGGAAUCAUGGUGUCAAUCAGCUUUCAGGUGGCGACCUUGCGGAAAACAUGAGUCCAACAUCAGCAGGUCAGGGGCUAUCCACAGUAGCUUCUGAGACACAGUCAGCCCCGGCUCUUCAGCAGGCUGACACGGUCGGACUAGGACCUAGCGCAUCGGGUCAGGAUUCAGCCUCCUAUCUUAUCUCGGUAAAUCUGAGCUGCACGGACACACAGCUUGAAAGGGUUAUGACAGCUUUGGCCAGAACUGGGGCGUAUGUAAAUGUACAAAUCGAGCGAGCACUUCAGUAA